GAUUGAAUUCGCGCAGUUUCAAUUAGUUUCAGUGGAAGGAUGAUAUUAUAGUCGGCGUCAGCCUCGAUGGGCAGGGAAUAUUUCACUGAAGAGAAGGAUCACAGUCACGUAAUUGGGGAGUUAUUAUUAUAUCUCUAGUGCCAAAUGGUGUCUGUCCGACGUAAACUGACAUUUUUCCAAAGUCUGUGGGGUAAACUACCUCUUUGGUGGUGGUGCUGCUUUGUUUACCAUUGAGUCUGUGCCGAGAUGCAUCAGCAAACUAGGGGAUCCGAGGCGUUAAUUCUCAGUAAGUACAUUUUCACAUAGAUCUGUCGUUCUCCGACUGAGGCCUUAAAUCCGAAUGAGAACACUUGCGCAGUGCAGUACUUGUUUACGUUUUCAACCGGGUUUCGGAGGAUUUGGCAGCUUAUCACUUAUUUCGUGAGUACCCACAUCGAUGGACUUGAUGCAGACGUGUGCCUCCAGAUGUAACACUGCAGCUGCUACACGGAAUGCUACAGUGUUGCAAAUCUAAACGUCACCAGACGAUAUAGUUACAGUCGUUUCAAAUGAAAAACAAACCUUAUCAACUCAAAUUAACGCCACCAUGGGAGAAAGAUGUUGGAUUCGGCAGGAAACCCAGAACCUACCGGAACAAUACGAAGAUCAUAGCAAAUCCCGGAUUUGUUAUGAAAGUGCUGCGCAAAAAGAGAAUAAUUAUGUUACUCGCGUACUUUCUGCUUGUAGCCUUGACCAUGUUGAACCUGGCUAACUACAAAUGGACUAAAGAGCCACAACAGUGCAACCAUCAAAUGCAGAGCACGACUUUUCAGAGCAGGUCAGAUAUCCGUUUUCUUUACAAAGCCCCUCAAACCAGAAAAAGACAGCUGGUCUAUGUUCUGACAACAUGGCGAUCUGGGUCGUCUUUUUUCGGAGAACUGUUCAAUCAGAACCCCGAUGUAUUCUUCCUGUACGAACCCAUGUGGCAUAUAUGGCAGAAGCUCUACCCCGGUGAUGCGGUGUCUCUCCAGGGGGCAGCCAGAGACAUGCUGAACUCCCUGUACCGCUGUGAUUUCUCGGUGUUUCAGCUGUACAAUAGCCCAGGCGGCAAGAAUGUAACUUCUCUUGGAGUCUUCGGUGCCACUCUCAAUAAAGUCAUGUGUUCUUUGCCUCUUUGCACAGCAUACAGGAAAGAUGUGGUGGGAAUGGUUGAUGACAAGGUGUGUAAAAAAUGUCCCCCUCAGAGUCUCAGAAUGUUGGAAGAGGAGUGCUUGAAAUACAACACAAUAGUAAUCAAGGGAGUGCGCAUCUUGGAUGUCAAUGUAUUGGCUCCUUUAAUGGAAGACCCCUCCUUCAAUCUGAAGGUGAUUCAUUUGGUUAGAGACCCCAGGGCUGUUGCCAACUCAAGGAUUAAAUCUAGACAUGGGUUGAUUCGUGAAAAUUUGCAGGUGGUACGCAGCAGGGACCCCAAACUUCACCGUAUGCCAUUUGCUGAUCCAGGUCAUAAGGCCAACAAAAAAGACGGCUCUGACUACCAUUCUAUUGGAGCUAUGGAAGUGAUAUGUGACCGUACAUCAAGAACUCUAAAAACAGCUAUAAAUCCACCCAACUGGUUUAAGGGGAAAUACAUGACUGUGCGUUAUGAGGAUUUAGUGGAAAAUCCCAUCAAAGCAGUAAGGAACAUUUACCGCUUUGUCAAUCUUUCAAUAAAUCAUGACAUUGAGUCUUUUGCCUUGAAUAUGACAAGUGGGACUACUUCAUCUUCAAAGCCAUUCAUCGUUUCCUCCAGGAAUGCAACGCAAGCUGCAAGUGCAUGGAGGACUGUCCUCAGUUUCCAGCAAAUUAGACAGGUGGAAGACUUUUGCCACCACUCCAUGUCUUUGCUUGGAUACAUUCGUGUCCGAACAUCUGGGGAGGCUAGAGAUUUGAGUAAACCACUGCUGACAGUGCCCAAACUGUAACAUUGUUGCCACCAAAGACAGCAUGCAAUUUCCAUGUAUUUAACUGUUGACGUUACUUACAACUUAAUUGGUCCUUACAAAGGUGUUUGUAAUGUGGGUACCCCCACAUGCAUUGCUGGAAUGUAUAGCUUGUUUCAAUGCUAUUGUAAUUUUUUGGGACCUCCAGUGUUACUGAGAUAAAAAUAUGUCUGAUCACAAAAGAGUGAAAAGAAAACACUGAUAAACA